AUGGGCAGUCUCUCCAGAGAAGUCGACGAAUGGAUUCAGGAGCCCAACCUCCAUCCCAAGAGGAGGCCACUCACCGCUGCUCAACGAGGAGUAGCGGCAGCGAGCAGCAGCGAUCAAUUCAAAACCAAGAGCAUCAAGUAUAAGCCAAAGGCCCGACGAUGGCAUCCAUACAUGAGCACCGAAUCCGCCAGUCGAACUGGAUCGUCCCUCAAGGCCUCUGUGAAGCAUCUCUCAAAUCCAAACGUCAUCUCCCUGGGAGGUGGUAUCCCUUUGAGUGACUUUAUCCCGUUCGACGAAGUCAUUCUGAGACCUCCUUCUCUCGAUAACCUCCGGCAAGGAAAGAAGUCUCCCUCCACAUCACGGACAACUCUGCACGCUACUAAGCACGACAUUGCCGAUGGAACAAGCGUUUACGAUCUUUCCGUAGCUUUGAAUUAUGGCCAAGGCUACGGCUCGGCCCAGUUCAUGCGAUGGAUCACGGAGCACACGGAAAUGGUCCACGACCCGCCUUACGCUGACUGGCAAUGCUCCAUGACGAUUGGCAACACAUCAGCCCUGGACAUGUGCCUGAGGAUGCUGACGGAACCCGGGGACUGUGUCCUGGCUGACAAGUACACAUUUUCCACCGCCAUUGAGACUGCUGUGCCCAUAGGAAUCAAGUUCAUUGGGGUAGACAUGGAUCGUGAGGGUAUGCUUCCCGAUAGUCUUGACGAGAUACUCGACAACUGGGAUCCUGCGGCGCACAAGGGCGCCAGGAAGCCAUCAGUUUUAUACGCGAUUCCGACUGGCCAGAAUCCCACCGGCACCACCCAAAGCCUUCGACGCCGCAGGGCGAUCUACCGAGUAGCCCAAAAGCACGACCUGAUUAUCCUAGAGGACGACCCCUACUACUUCCUGCAGAUGGACACCUACACCUCCCUGGACCAGGAUGGUCUAGUCGCUUCAGAAAUUCAGUCGCCUACUGAAUUCCUCAAGAGACUCAUUCCUUCAUACCUUCGGAUGGAUAUCGACGGACGAGUCAUUCGCAUGGACUCAUUCAGCAAAGUCAUCAGUCCUGGAGCCCGCUUGGGCUGGAUCACGGCACCGGAGCAGCUUAUCGAGCGAUACAAGCACCAUACCGACGUUUCCACCCAGAGCCCUGCAGGCCUGAGCCAGCUGGCCAUCUUCAAGCUCGUUGAUGAGCACUGGGGCCAUGAGGGCUACGUUAAGUGGCUGAUGCACCUGCGCAGUGAGUAUACUAUGAGAAGGGACUUUCUUGUUUCAGCAUGCGAGCGGUAUCUGCCGAAGCAAGUUGUUAGCUGGGAGCCAACCGAGGCUGGCAUGUUUCAAUGGAUCAAAGUCGACUGGAAGCAACACCCCGAUGCGAAUAAUAAGACGGCUGACGUCCUCGAGGAAGAAAUAUGGCUGGAAAGCAUCUCUACGGGAGCCUUGGUGGGCCGCGGCUGCUGGUUCCGCGCGUCAUCGGAUGUGCCCCGUGACGAAGUCUUCUAUCGAACCACUUUUGCGGCAGCCCCGUUGCCCAAGAUUGAAGAAGCCGUAAGGCGGUUUGGCGAAACCAUACGGAAGAUGUUUGAGCUCGAGGAGAAGAGCGUACCAACAACAGACGGUCCAGUACAGGAGAGCCCCCUAAAGUGA